AUGCCUGACAAGACCAGCCGCUUCACUUGCAAAGGGAAGCAGAUCCACCACUUCCUGUGGGUCAGCACCUUUGCAGAAUACACCGUGAUCCCGGAGUUUGCCGUUGCCAAGAUAGAUGCUGCUGCACCUCUGGACAAAGUCUGCUUGCUUGGCUGUGGGUUUCCCACAGGCUAUGGGGCUGCCAUCAACACCGCCAAGGUAAAACCAGGCUCCACCUGCGCCGUCUUUGGCGUCGGAGGAGUCGGCCUCUCUGUUGUCAUGGGCUGCAAGGCGGCUGGAGCAUCCCGCAUCAUUGCCGUUGAUAUCAACAAGGACAAGUUUGCCAAGGCCAGGCAGCUGGGAGCCACCGACUGCAUCAGUCCUCACGACUUCAAGAAGCCCAUCCAGGAGGUCCUCAUUGAGAUGACGGGCCAUGGCGUGGACUACUCCUUUGAGGUCAUUGGGCAUGCCGAUACCAUGACUGCUGCCCUGGCCUCCUGCAACAUGAACACUGGCGUCUGUGUGAUGGUUGGGGUACCAGCUUCUGGUUCUGUGAUUUCCCUCGAUCCUAUGCUUCUGCUGUCUGGGCGUACAUGGAAGGGCACUCUGCUUGGAGGUAUGAAACUCAAGAAAACAUUUCAGGCGUUUCAGCCUUUUCCUUAUAUG